AUGGACACUAUCGAUGUGUUCAUGCGCACCGUCGCGCAGCUUGCGCAAGCCGCCCAAGCCGCAACAGCCGGCCCGCUAGUGCCGCCGUCGAGGCCACCAACUGGCCCUAGGGGCCGUGGACCGGCUACGCGUCCACGAAAGGAGGCCAAGCCUCGAAACAAUCGAGGAUGGACGGAAACGCCCACGCGAGGCUGCCCUACUUGUGGCGGGCGCCAUGGCCUCGCCAGCUGCCGUUCAUUCGCCCAGAUGAGCGGUAUCAGCCGCUGGCGGGCGACGCAGGCCAGGAAGCUCUGCUUCCUCUGCCUGCAAAGCGGCCACACCGCAGCAAGCUGCGGAGCCCCGAGGUGCCCGUGCGGAGCGGCCCACCAUGCGAUGUUGUGCCGCGCUCCCCCGACCGCCCCUGAUGCUGACGCCGCACAAAUGCCGGAGGCGUGUGAGUCCGGGGUCCUCGAACCGUUAGAAGUGAUCGACUCUGCAAGUCUGCAGUUUGAA